AUGGUGCGAGCUUUAUUUCGUCUUGUUCGUAUUGUCUAUUCAAAAUAUCGAGGGUUUCAACGUGUUUGGGUUUAUGUCAUAGCAGCACCUAUUCAGUUAAUAAUAUCGAUUAUUCUCCAAAGUCCACUUUUGAUCUGGCAUGAUAUCAUUUAUUUAUCAAAUGAACAUUAUUGUUUUGUUUCCCUAACAAAUAGUCGCGGUGUACUUUGGCCUACUCUUAGUAUCUAUAGUAUUCCUGUUGUAUGUUCAUUAUUGUUUUAUAUUCGUACUAUUUAUUUUAUCCGUCAACAAUCAAAUCAAGUCACAAUGAUAGUAAAACGAAGACAAGAACGUGAUUUAACUGCUAUUCGACGGAUUGUGAUUAAUAUUGGUUUAUUGUGUGCAAUUGGAUCACCAGGUUUACUUUGUAUUGCAAUAUCAGUGAUUAUUAGUGGAAAUCCAUAUCCAUUAUCUCUUCGAAUUCUAUGGAUCGGAGUGGAGACAGCUAUACUACCGUUGUCUAUCUUGAUGAUUUCGAUGACAC